UAGAUGUCAAGUUCAGACGCACUUUGCGCAAAUUUAAUUUAAUUUUUAAAUUUAAAUAUCUAACGUGUGCCGCUCUUUGCGCGCACUUUCAACACUAGCCCGCAUACUUAUCUGUUAAGUUCGCCGCAAUUCUGUUAAGUGUUUACAGUGCUCGCAGAGGUUAUCGAGCUGUUGUUGCCUAUCGAUUGUUCGUCGCCAAAAUUAGCUAACAACAAACGAAAAACACGGGAAGUUGUUAAUUAAAAAGGUGACCCAGAUACAAAAACACACUUACGGAGGCCGCACUGCGACAGCAUGUCGUGGAAAAAGGAGCUGCGCGUUCUCGCCAAGCCCUACUAUUGGGUUAAUAUACUGCUAGCCAUAUCGUAUCUGCUGGCGAAGAAAACAAAGGUGAUAUGCACGCGCCUUUUCCAGCAGGCCGACCAGGAGGACGUCUGCGAUAUGGACAGCCGCGAGGUAGAGAUAUUGUUCUUUCUGCUCAUUGUGGUCAUGAUAAGGUCUCGCAAAACGGGCAGCGUCACCAUGAUCAACUAUCUGACCUCGUCGUUUCUCUACACAAAAGUGGCCAAUAUGAUACUCUGGGCGUACGCAGACUUUCGUUACGGAUUGGGCUUUCUGCUGAUAUGCGUGCUGGUCGGCAUGCUGCUGCCGGAGCCCUCGUAUCGUGGCCCGGAGCACAUCACCUACUUCCGCAAUGCCCAGGUCUUCGAGGAGGAACUGGCGCGCGACAAGCGCAUCAGUUGGCUGAUUUGUUUCUACACCGUUUGGAAUCCGAGCUGUGUUAAUUUUGCGCCCAUCUUCGCUGAGCUGUCGGCGGAAUACGAUACGGAGCUGCUGAAAUUUGGCAAAAUCGAUAUUGGACGCUUUCCGGAUGUUGCGCAAAAGUUUCGCAUUUCGGACAGCAGCUUCUCGCGCCAGCUGCCCACGGUUAUACUGUUCCAGCAGGGCAAGGAAGUGGAUCGUCGGCCCUGCGGCGAUGCCAAGGGCAAGCUGCAAAAGUUCUUCUUCUCCAGCGACAAUGUGCGCGCCACAUUUGGACUGAAUCAACUGUACAAACAGGCUGUGGAACGGCUGCCGGCUAAACAGGAGCCACUGGAGUCCAAGAAAUCGAAAUAGCUGCUUGAAAUGAACCAAAUGUCAUCUCAUUGUGAAUGUCUUGUACGUGCUAGCAUCUGUUAAUUGUGUAGUUUGUAAUUGUUUUUAAUUUAUUUUGUCAUUUUGCACAAAAUGUACACCUCGAGGCACGUACAGAAACAACUAUGCAAAAGACAUAAACGUUGCCAUUGCCUAAUUUAUUACUGCAUAUUAAAUAAUUUGUAGCUAAAUUCAAGUCAUAAAUUGUAACUAAUAAAAUUUGUAAGCUGUUAAAGUGCAG